AUGACAAGUCCGACAGCAGAAUGGGAGAAGGUGGGGGAAAAAUUCUAUCGAAAAAUACAAUUAUAUACAGCGGUAUUUGACCAAGAUCUCGAGCUUGAGAACUAUGUGGUCACGGGAUGCUCAUACGGAGGAGCAAUUGGAUCUAUCAAGGGUCUCGGCUGGACCGAAGACGAAAAGCUCAUCGUAGUCACUGCUGACGGCACUGUACGAUGUUACUAUGACUUGCAAGGAGACUUUAAUCAAUUCUCUCUUGGAAAUGGUGCUGAGGAAUAUGGUGUAACUGCUUGCAGAUUCUAUGGCGCUGGAUUUGUGGCAUUGCUCUCCAAUAAUCAUUUGAUUUCAGUAUCUAGAUAUGAAGAGCCACGUCCAAAACUACUAGCAACACCUCCUGAAGGUGAAGUUCAUUCGUGGACAUUAAUACCGCCAGCAUACACGCUGUCAAGAUCAGUUGAAGUCCUAUUAAGCAUCGGCCAGACUAUACACGUAGCCGAUGCAGCUGAGUCCGAAGAUCGUUUUCUAGACAUUGGACCAUUUACACAUAUCAGCGUAUCCCCAAAUGGCAAAUUUGUGGCCCUUUACACGGAAACAGGAAACGCAUAUGUCAUCACGAGCGACUUCCAGAACAGAUUAAGUGAAUAUAAUUCAAGAUCGAAAACUCCACCGAAAGACGUUCAAUGGUGUGGUAAUGAUGCUGUGGUGAUUGCUUGGGAGGACGAAGUUCACCUCAUUGGCCCCAAGAAUGCUGCUGCAAAGUUCUAUUAUGAUGGACGAGUUCACGUAAUUGCUGAUCAUGAUGGUGUUCGAUUGAUAACCAAUGAUGUUUGCGAUUUCUUACAAAAAGUACCCGAAGUAACUGAUGAAACUUUUCGAUUCGGUACAGAAUCACCAGCAUCAAUACUACUGGACGCUGUUGAGCAGCUGGAGCAACAAUCUCCAAAAGCAGAUGAUAACAUACAAUUGAUUAGGCCUCAUCUAGUAGAGGCAGUCGAUACCUGUGUUAAAGCGGCUGGGCAUGAAUUUAACAUACAUUGGCAAAAGCAAUUACUCAAGGCCGCUUCUUUCGGAAAAUCAGUACUUGACAUUUACAAUAGCGAUGAUUUUGUUGAUAUGUGCGAAACACUACGUGUGUUGAAUGCUGUCCGAUAUUACGAAAUCGGCAUACCUUUGUCAUAUGAACAAUUUCUACGCCUUACUCCCGAAAAGCUCGUUAGGCGUCUCAUCAACCGUCGAGAAUAUCUUUUAGCACUCAAGAUAUCCGAUUAUCUGCGCCUUCCAACCGAUAGAAUAUACGUCCACUGGGCAUCACAAAAAGUACGCAUAGGUUCCGAAGACGAAGACACAAUUUGCCGUGUAAUUGUCGAGAAACUUUCUGGUAAACGCGGCAUCUCAUUUGAAGAAAUCGCUCGAGCAGCCUAUGAUGAAGGACGCGGCCGCCUAGCCACCUCCCUCCUAAAUCAUGAACCCCGCGCCGGCAAACAAGUCCCCCUCCUCCUCUCGAUGGAAGAAGACGAAAUCGCGCUCGACAAAGCCAUUGAAUCCGGAGACUCAGAUCUAAUAAUCUACGUGCUGCUUCACCUCAAAAAGAACCUCCCCCUCGCCUCUUUCUUCCGCGUAAUUAAUAGCCGACCCAUCGCCACCUCCCUCGUCGAAUCUUCCGCCCGUACAGAAGACUCCUCCUUCCUCAAAGACCUCUACUACCAAGACGACCGGCGCACCGACGGCGCAGCCGUCUUCAUCCGCGAAGCCCUCCAACAACCCGACUCCCGCACCGCAUCCGACAAACUCGCUCUAGCCGCAAAACUCCUCUCCGACUCCAAAGAAACAUCCUUCGAACUGAAAGCUCUACACGAAGCCUCCUUACUCCUCCGCAUGCAAGAAUCCUUCGACCACGAGCUAACAGAAUCCUUCACCGGCCUCUCCCUCAACGAAACCCUCUUCAAACUAAUCAAACUCGGCUACACCUCCCGCGCCAAAAAACUCAGCACGGAAUUCAAAAUCCCCGAAAAAACAACCACCUGGAUCCGACUGCGCGCCCUCGUCUCCCGACGCGACUGGUCCGCCCUAGAAGAUCUCUCCAAGACCCGUAAAUCCCCCAUCGGCUGGCUCCCCUUCUACACGCUCAUCCUCAACGCCGGAAACCAGAAAUUAGCUGCUACUUUUGUCGAGAAGAUUAAAACCCAAGGCGAGGUCAAAGGGAAGGAGAUCAUAGAGCUGUGGGAACGAUGUGCAAUGAAGACGAAAGCUGCAGAGGAAUGUGUGAGGAUUAAGGAGCCUGGGGAGUGGGAACGCAUUUUGGAAUCGUGUGCGUCUGGUUCGGCGGAGUUUAGGGAUGUGGAGAGGAUUGGGGUGCAGGGGGGUUUGAGGAAGUAG